CUGCUUGAGACCUCGUAUGCUGCAUUUAUAGCUCGCAGUGAGCGUCGCUCUGCGUUGACACACAGGCUCGUUGGCGUUUAUAUUGGUCUAUUCACCAUCCUGCUCGGUGGUUCUUUCUUUGGAACCUCUACUCACGAUGCAAAGCCGAGCCUCUACGACGGGACGGCAAAUUCAGUGUCGAUAGCAUCAGGCCGCAUUUCUUACGUGCUCGGCCUCACCGGCCCUUGUUUCCCCGUCGAUUCCGCGUGUUCGGCCUCUCUCGUUGCCGCGUAUCUCGCAACGUGCGAAAAAGCGUGCGUCGCCGCGGGAGGCGUCCUCGAACAAGACAUGUAUGCUGCUUUUAGUGUAGCUGGUAUGCUGUCGAAUCGCGGCCGAUGCCACUCGUUCGAUAGCCGCGCCGAUGGAUACUGCCGCGGCGAAGGCUGCGUCGGAUUUAUCUGUGAAUCUGCCGGUGGUGAAAUCGCGCACUGGAUUCGUUCGACUGCCGUUCGAUAA